AUGUCAUGAGGACUGUAGAAAGAAACCAUUAUUUCCUUCCAUCAUCUUCCCUUAAUUAAAAACAAUUCUCUCAUUUAUUCUUUUUGAUAAGAAAAAAAGAUGGGGAAUUGUCAAGCAGUAGAUGCAGCUGCUUUAGUGAUACAACAUCCAUCAGGGAAGAUUGAAAGGAUGUAUUGGUCUAUAACUGCAAGCCAAGUCAUGAAGCUGAAUCCAGGACAUUAUGUUUCUCUCAUCAUUCCAUUGCCCGGUGACGAAAACCAUGAUCACUCCGGUAAUAAUAAUAAGACGGUUCGGUUUACACGAGUCAAGCUUCUUCGACCUAGUGACACCCUUGUUCUUGGUCGAGCUUAUCGCCUUGUUACCUCACAUGAAGUUAUGAAGGUACUAAAAGCGAAACGACAAGCAAAGAAAAAGAAUGAGCAAGCAGAAACUAUGGUGGAAAAGGAGGAAGAAACAGGUUCUGAAUUGGAGAAUCAAAGCCAGGUGAUGGCACAUGAAAGAACAAUCAAGCAAAGGUCUGGAUCGUUUUCGAAGUCUAGAUCAUGGCGUCCUUCUUUGCAGAGUAUCUCAGAGGCAACUAGCUGAUAGUUGAGUGAUUCAGGGAACUCAAUUCCAAUCACUUAAGACGAAAUAAUAUAUCCAUCUGUAUAGCUAAGAACAACAUAAAAAAAAGACGAGCAACUACACUAACAAAUAUGUAUUAAUUUUGAAGAAAUAUAUAUUAGAGUGGACAACAAAGUUGCCUCUUUUUUAUGAUC